ACGGCCGUUAGUGGAGCCGAACGACCCAACUGCGGCCCUGAGCGGGCGUGGUAGCUUGCGUCUGGGCCCCAAAGGGAGCGAUUUCGCCACCCGCUUCCAGGAUCACUGGCUCAAAUAACUCUGUUGAUGGCGAUGCAGGAGAAAUACCCAAGUGAGAGGAACACUCAUGUCUCUUCACCAGGUUCCAGUGUGAUUCAGAAGGUCAGCUCCCUGGGGACUGAAUGGCAGACCCCAGUUAUCUCAGAGGCCUUUCGGAGCCGCUUCAGCCGCUGUUCAAGUGUAGCUGACAGUGGAGACACAGCCAUCGGCACGUCGUGCUCAGACAUUGCGGAGGAUUUUUGCAGCUCAAAUAGCAGCCCAUCUUUCCAGCCCAUCAAAAGCCAUGUAACCAUUCCAACAGCCCAUGUGAUGCCUUCUACUUUGGGGACCUCUUCUGCCAAGCCAAAUUCUUCACCUGCUGUACCCUCAUCCUCCAAACUUCAUUUGUCAGGGUUGCCUGAAAGUGUAGGAAUGACAAGAAAUGGAGACCUUGGUGCAAUGAAACGUUCUCCAGGCCUAUCUAGAGACUUCAUGUACCUUUGUGGUGCUGCUGGAGAAAAUGGCAUUGAGCAGUCCUGGUUUCCAGCAGUGGGCCAUGAAAGAGAAGAGGAGGUGAGGAAAUUUGAUAUUCCCAGUAUGGAGUCUACCUUCAAUCAGUCAGCAAUGAUGGAGACACUUUAUUCAGAUCCCCACUACCGAGUCCACUUCCACAACCAAAGAACUGACACAAACAAGGAGUUGUACAAAGUGUUGCCUGAGACCAAGAAGGCACCAGGCAGUGGGGCAGUGUGUGAGCGGAGUGGACCACACCCACGCAGCAACGGGGUGCUCCCUUUGGGACUCCAACCCGCUCCUGGGCUCUCAAAGCCUCUACCCUCUCCGGUAUGGCAGCCUAGUUCUGAUCCUUGGCAUCCCCGGGAAAGAGCUUGUGAGCUCAGCACUUGUCGACAGCAGCUGGAGUUGAUCCGUUUGCAGAUGGAGCAAAUGCAGCUUCAGAAUGGAGCCAUCUGCCACCAUCCUGCUGCUUUUGCUUCUUCACUGCCCACCUUAGAGCCAGCACAGUGGAUCAGCAUCUUGAACAGCAAUGAGCAUCUUCUGAAGGAAAAGGAGCUCCUUAUCGACAAGCAGAGGAAACACAUCUCUCAGCUGGAGCAGAAAGUGCGAGAGAGUGAACUACAAGUCCACAGUGCCCUUUUGGGCCGCCCCGCCCCCUUCGGGGAUGUCUGUCUGCUGAGGCUGCAGGAAUUGCAGCGAGAGAACACUUUCUUACGUGCUCAAUUUGCACAGAAGACUGAAGCCUUGAGCAAAGAAAAAAUGGAGCUUGAAAAGAAACUCUCUGCUUCAGAAGUUGAAAUUCAGCUCAUCAGAGAGUCACUCAAAGUGGCGUUGCAGAAGCAUUCAGAGGAGGGGAAGAAACAGGAGGAAAGGGUCAGGGGUCGUGAUAAACAUAUCAAUAAUUUGAAAAAGAAAUGUCAAAAGGAGUCAGAGCAGAACCGGGAGAAGCAGCAGCGUAUUGAAACCUUGGAGCGCUACCUGGCUGACCUGCCCACUCUAGAAGACCAUCAGAAGCAGAGCCAGCAGCUUAAGGAUUCUGAGUUGAAGAGCGCAGAGCUGCAGGAGAGAGUGACCGAGCUGGAGAGUUUGCUGGAGGAGACCCAGACAGCCUGCAGAGAGAAGGAAGUUCAACUGGGAAGCCUUAGACAUGGGGACACAGACCUCUCCUCCAUUAAACACAGCUUGGAAGACAAGCAGUGUGUGGAGGCAGCCAGUGGAGAAGGUUCACAAGAAGGUCCAGGAGUGGAAAUAGAGUCCUGGCAGAAAGAAUGUGAUUCCCUCCGAAAGAUUGUGGAAAAGCAACAGCAGAAGAUGGAUCAGUUACGUUCACAAGUAGAGAGCCUAGAACAGGAAGUGGCUCAAGAAGAAGGAACCAGCCAGGCCCUGAAAGAGGAAGCCCAACGGAGAGAGACCGCACUGCAGCAACUGCGCACAGCUGUGAAAGAGCUUUCAGUGCAGAACCAGGACCUUAUUGAGAAGAAUUUGACGCUCCAGGAACACCUGCGCCAGGCCCAGCCAGGGUCUCCAUCUUCACCAGAUACAGCCCAGCUAGUAUUUGAGCUGCACCAGGAAUUGGCCAGUUGCCUUCAAGAUCUGCAAGCUGUCUGUAGCAUCGUAACUCAGAGGGCCCAGGGCCAUGAUCCCAACCUCUCUCUGCUCCUGGGCAUCCACUCUGCGCAGCACCCAGGCACUCAGCUAGAUUUGCACAAGCCGGACGUGAUCAGGAGAAAACUAGAAGAGGUUCAACAACUACGCCGUGACAUCGAGGACUUAAGGACCACCAUGUCAGACAGAUACGCUCAGGAUAUGGGGGAGAACUGUGUCACACAGUGAGGAAUGUUGGGAGUGGGGCAGGCUCUAGCCCUCCCUGGAGGAUUUGGUCUGAGAGCCCAGUCCGGUGUGUCCUGUCCUGAUAAAUCUCCUGCCUCCUGUCUGCUGCUAUUCCCAAAGAGAAGAGGCAAAGGGGAGAUAAGAGCCCGCACCUGGGGCCGCCGGCUAAUUAGAGAACUAUCUGCCCCUCCUCCACACUGGCUUUGCCACUGUGGAUUGCAUCCGUGCUCUCAUCCUGAUGCACCCUUUGAGGGCUUGUCACUAAUUACCUUUUGCAGGUUGACUGAUAAGUCCUCUUGCAGACUGUUGCCAGCCUCAGGUUCGUGUCAUCAACCUUCUCCGUCCUCUGGGAUGGAUCCACAUUCAUUCCCGCUCCGUACCUUGAACUUGCUAAUGCCCAGAGCUCAUCAGAGGGACCUGGGAAGACCGAGUACUGGUCAUAAUGACCGGCUGAGACCUCUCGGGUGCCCUGUGUCAGAUGUCCUGGGAGCUAUGCUGGCUUUCUGGGUUUUCUUAGGCCCGGUCCUAUUGCUGCUUCCUCAACAUUAUCUUACUCUCACAAAAGCCUCAACAAAGUACCCACUAAAAUUGGAGCUUAGGGAUUAUAGUCAGGGCUCCUUCACCUGUGCUACCAUGCCAUUUUAUAAGCUCCCUAUUCUCCAGCUGCCCUUUGUCUUUGGGGUCCUGGUCAUGUGAUUAAAACACCCCCAUGGACCUCCUUCUCCUUUGCUCUCAGGCUUCCCAGGUAUCCCCUUCUUGAGCUUUGACAAAGAGUAUAAAGCCCUUUCUAUGGCUCUGGGUUUAUGCAGAAUUUCCCUCAGAAUGCUAUAGGGCAGCUGUUAAGCUUCUCACCUCCUCCCCUUGGGGCUGGGUCAGUGCCCUGCCCCCUCAUUUGUGCCUCUCUGGUUUGGGGGCUGGAGUCCUUUCCCUUUCCUGCUCUGGGUUCAGAGUACCUAGGAUAUAUUGACUUCCAGUGUUUUCUUGGGUUUGUUUCACUGGGGCUUUGGGGGCCCUGUUUUCUGGUUCUCUCUUGCCUCGUUUAAGGAGGAUCUCACACCCAUUUGUUUGUGUCUGGUCAUUAGACUGGCUCAGGGCUCCUCUUGAUCUUGUGCUGGCCAAGCAGGGGCUACAAAUGUGGACCUGGGAGCAGUUCAGGAGCACAGAGGCAGCCACAGAUUCUUGCAAAGCUUCAGGCAGUUAGACAGCAUCCUGGACCUCAUUCCUAGACUUGAAUGAGACUCCUCCUUAAGUGUUUUUACAAGUUUGUGUUUUAUUUGUGGAGUGACUUAUCCCUUCCAUUCAGAACAGCUCCACCCGGCCAGCCCCUCAGCCUCUGGGCUCCUGCCUCUUAAAAGCAGAGCCGCCUGGUUGGUCUCCACCCUGUGCUGGGAGCCCAGCCACCAUGCUCACGGGUAUUUUUCCUCAUAAAGUUUAUAAGCAGUUAUUUAUAUGAAUCCUUGUUAUGUCAACUGGUUUGUAUUGACUAUUUUGAUUACAAAA